CAGGCGCCCUCUAGGUCGGGGGUCAGGUCAAACCUGUGGCGUGGGUGGUGGAGUGGUUAAUGGUCGAUGAUCAUUUACGCCAACUAGCCUACUCGACGAUAGGCUUAGCUUGUACCCGAGUUUGAAUUCCAGCUUGUGCGCCAGAGAUGUUGCCCCCUUUCGACACCGGGGAGGGGGGGCUCUUUUGAUGUUUUGUUUAAUGUUGGUGGUGUCCUUUUUUUAUUUUGUGUUUAUGCUUCGAGUUGUAUUCGUUGCGGCUGCUUCUUCUCCCAGUUCGAAAUGGAUAAGUCGAGUGAACUACUAUCCUACAUUUGCAUUAAGACAGAUUGGGAAGUCGUGGCGUUGGCUAUGUUACUCUGGUUCUCUACGAUGUGAAGUUUGGAAAUUGGAUCUUACUGGCCUAUACUGAACCUGAGGAUGUCUUUGUUCUGUCAAUUCAUAGCCGCAUCUUCGUCUUGAGAUAUAAAUGAAGGUAACCGACGGUUCCUGGGGUUGUCUGGUAUUGUGAGCACUUCAGCUCUCAAUCAAUAAUCAUUCCCGUGGGAUCUAAGGGGAAGGAAGCAGUUCAAGUCAAAUCGUCGAAAGGGCAUCUUCCGUGAGAUCUGUAUUACUCCAUGGUUGACAGGUAUCUACCUACUGCAGGCUGCAAAGAUUACCUGAAGGGGCAAGUCAGGGUAGGGCUGCUGUUGACAAUGGGACGCUGUCGACAGUGGGACGCUGAGCCUGCUCCAGGUGAAUCACUCACCGG